CGUCAGUGCUAAUGUGACGGCUAACGGCUCUUGUCAGUUAACGGUUAAUUGGUGCGAUAAAACCGUUAACCCAUAACGGUCCUGGAGGUUUAUAUAUAUAUUUUUUAAAAAGGCGUUAGCCAGCCGUUUAACCGGUGAAAUAGUCAGAAACGGCUACCGUGAUAGCCGUUCAAGUCAAUGUAGCAAACACAUCUGUCAACUCCCUUUAUAUACGGGAGUUAACCCGGCACACGUUAUAGGAUGGAAAUCUGGUUUAGGAGACAAGUGGUUAUCGAACACAACACAGAUUUCUAUGGAGCAUCGGCCCUCUCCAACGCUUGGUAGAGGGUGAGCAGCAUCACCUGCAGCCACACAAUGGACAACGAGGAGAGUAAGUCGUGUCAAGGAGAGAAGCCUGCCUCUACUGUGGAUGACACUCUGGAUGAAUAUUUAAUCGCCCUCCAGCACAAAAACAGGAUCCUAAAGCGCCUUAAAGUCAAAGACCACAGGGAGAUUCAGUUGGAGCAGCUCGAGCAAGGUUUUUCCAUUUAUCUUAACGGAGCCAAUGCUGAAGCCAGUAGGAAGCAGCCCAAGAGCUCCAACCACAAAUCUGUCUCCUCCUCACCUGCUUGGAGGCCUGCACGUACAGCAGAUGUCUGUAGAAGCGCCCACCAGCUAACUGAAGAUAACCACAAUUCAGAGCAAGCCCACAGGAAGCGGAGCCACACCGCCCCAGAAAAGAUCCAGAGGAAAGAAUGGGUGCAGGAUUCUGUCAGAAUUCGAACAGAGGAAGGAACAAGUUUGCUGAUCUCCCCUGGAAAUCGCUACUCUGAGGAUUUUGAGCCCUAUGAAAGCGUAGCAAUGGAGAGCUCCGGUCCACGCUCGCCUCGUAGUCCCCGCUCCCCAAGGGACACCUCCAGGCUGUCGCGCUCCUUCAGCACCAGGUCUGAGAGCCAGGGGGGGCAAGCGAAUCAGGAGCUCACUGAGAAGGUACUUCUCAACCUCGAGGAAGUAAAGGUCCUGCGUCGGAGCCUGGAGGUUAGCGUGCGGCGGAGCAACUCUGGCUCAGCGGGGGAGGAGUCAGACAAGGAGUGGUUGGAGAGCAACGAGAGUCUGGAUGAACUGGGGCUGCCUCCCUCAUCCUCCAAGUCCUCCUCCAGCCCUCGGUCCGGGGGCUCUUAUAGCCAUCUCGACUCAGCAAACCUCAUCGUCUUGGACUUUGGACCCUCACUUAAAGGUCGUAAGAUCGAACGCUCUUUGUCUGCAAGAAGGAAAGAAAACAUCGACACCUUUAUACCCACCAAGCCUAUGUUGGUCAAGAGCAAAACAUUAGACAGGCCACCUUCCAAAGACAGCUGGGAUGGUCAGAGGCCAAGGAGUCGUGUGGAGAGGACCCUGUCAGCAGCCAGAAAGGCUUCUGUGGAGGAGCGGGACACAGACGAGAUGGCAUGCAGGGUGCGUCAGGCCAUUCAGAGAGAAAACGACCCCCUGCAGAGUCCUGAGCUCUUCAGCCGCAACACGGGCAAGGCACUCCAGAUGAUGAAUGGCUUAGUGCACCACAACAGCCAUGAAAAAGAUGACAACAGUGUCACUAUGGCCAUGCAGAGAAUCACGCUCAUGGCCCCCAGGCAACAACACAAACUGCUGAAAGCCUUGGAGAAACUUGAAACAGGACCCAGCUACAACGUUGCUCAGAGUGUCAAAGCAGACCAUAGCAGGCAGCCGAGAAGGCAGUCCUCAACAGAGGUCACCCCUGCAUUGUACGUUACCAUGGAGAUCCUGUCAAACUGGGGGAGCGCUUUGCAGGUCGGGCUGACUGAGUUGCAGUUCUUCUGCCUCAGAAACAAGAAGCUGUAUGUGUCACCUCACGACCUAGACAUCCGGAACGCUGACUACCCUGGGAAUCUGGGGGCGCUUGUCAAUGGGAAGGUGAAGACCACCAAAGAGCGUCACAUGUGGACGUGUCCGUUCAACCCUCCCAUCCAGCUCUACUUCAUAAUCAGGAACACGGAGCGCUCCACAGACUUUGGAAUAUCUCGCAUCAAAAUCUGGAACUACAACAGAAGCCUCAAUGACCUUGACAUUGGUGCACGCCAUAUAAAGCUGUACCUCAACAGCACACUGGUGUUUGAAGGUGAGCUGGAGAAGGGCUGCGGCAACCAGGUCUUUGACUACAGCACCACAGUUGACCUCCAGGAUUUCCAGGUUUCAGAUUCCUUCUUUUCCAGCCCUGUGUCUUCAGGACACAAUCUGCACGGCGCCAGCCCCCAGUGCCAUGAGGACAGGACGGCUGGGGAGGGCAGCAGCAGCCAGCGACGCCUCAGUGAAAAUCAGCAGCCAUCAGACGCAGCAGGACAGACUAUGGUAGACAUGCAGGAGAGAUCACAUCCACUGCUACCACCCAUCACUCCUUCACCAUCGUGCUCCUCUCGUCGCUCCUCCACACAAAGAAACUCUUUUGACCUCUCUGCCUUGGAAGAGCCCCUCUCUCCCAGGCAGCAGGUGGAGCAGCCUGCACCCACAGAGCAGACAGUCACCACCCAGCCGUCCUCAUCCCGGGUGGCCCCCCAGUGGCUGCAGCCCCUGAACAGAGGAGCUCCAGAGGGCUGCGAGACCAACAGGGAGAGGCCCCGAUGGCUGGUGCCUCAGCAGUCGACAGAACCCAAAUCUCCAUCUGCCUCAUCCUCUUCAAUGCUCCCGGAGCUGCCCUGCAACCCAGGCCGAGUGUGUAGGGGGGUGGAGAGGACAGUGAAUGGGGGUCAGUGGAAGGCUAACUCUCUGGACCUGAGCUGCGACCUACUGGAGGAGCUUGGGGAGCCAAAGCCAGACCGUCCCAUCAGCGGACGCAGGAGCUCAUUCAGAAACACUGCAGCCACCAGCAGGCAGACAGAGGAGCAGCACCUCAGAGCUGCUGCACUGUCAAACACAGAGGAGCCGUUGUCAGUGGUGAGCACCAGCAGGAGGCAGUGCACUCCUCUGGCCCAGCUGCACAGCCAACAGGAUGAUAACCUCAUGGAGUCCUGGGACUCUCUCACUAAGUUCAACCAAUGCCAACGUGGACGCAUUUCCAACAUGGCCUUCGAAGGCGACAUCUUUGAUGAGUUCCUCCAGCGCCAGGGCCGUGGUCCACCCACACUCCCAGUCAACACAUCCACCACAGCACCCAGGAGCCCGAUUUCCUCACUAAGCACUCAGGCUGCACUGUGUGAAGGCCUUGAUGAUGAUCCAUCCAUGGAGCGGGAGGACGAGUUUGAGAUCCCGGUGCUGCCCCAGGGCCAAAGGCUGGUCAUCAACAUACUGUCCACAUGGGGUGACCGCCACUACGUGGGCCUCAACGGCCUUGAGGUCUUCAGUUCCAGCGGAGAGCCCCUACAGCCUUCUCACAUCCGUGCUGAUCCUCCAGACAUCAACAUUCUCCCUGCGUACGGCAAGGACCCACGUGUGGUCACUAACUUGAUUGAUGGCGCCAAUCGCACUCAAGACGACAUGCAUCUCUGGCUCGCACCGUUCACACCUGGUCGUAGCCACACCAUCUUCUUGGACUUUGGAACCCUGUACCAGGUGGCCAUGAUCCGAGUGUGGAACUACAACAAGUCACGCAUUCACUCCUUCCGAGGGGUGAAGGAGGUGGAGAUGCUGUUGGAUGGAAGGUGUAUCUUCAGGGGCGAGAUUGCCAAGGCCUCUGGAACUCUGUCUGGAGGGCUGGACCAGUUUGGUGACACCAUCCUGUUCACCACUGAUGAUGAGAUCCUGGAGGCGAUGUCUCGUUAUGAUGAAACCUUCCUUGGUGAAGGUGAGGGUCCUGAGAGCCUGGUCCACGAGGAGGAGCUGCAGAGACCAUGCACCGCUGAUGGAGAAGGAGAGGAAAGACCCUUCACCCAGGCUGGUUUCCGAGAGGAAGACCUCCAACUGAAACUCCAGCUCAACCCCACCAUGAGCCAGUCUGAGGAGAACAUGGAGCAUAAUUCUGGGAUGUACACUGGAAAGUGCCUUAGACUAGAGCUGGCGUUGACUUGGGGGGACUCCCACUACAUGGGCCUGACAGGAUUGGAGGUGGUGGGGAAGGAUGGAGAGAGUUUACCUUUAGACCUCAGCAUGAUGGCUGCCUCACCUAAUGACCUCAACGACCUGCCCGAAUACGGACACGACCUGCGCACACUUGAUAAGCUUAUAGAUGGCAACAACAUUACCACUGAUGACCAGCACAUGUGGCUUAUCCCUUUCUCCUGUGGAGAGUCCCACACCUUGAACGUGACGUUCAACAAGGCUCAGACCAUCGCUGGUCUCCGAAUCUGGAACUACAACAAGUCCCCCGAGGACUCUUAUAGAGGGUUGAAGGUGAUCCAUGUGUUCAUUGAUGACGUUGCCAUCUCCCCAUCGGAGGGAUUCCUGAUCAGGAAAGGACCGGGCAACUGUCACUUUGACUUUGCCCAGGAGAUCCUCUUCAUUGAUUUUCUCCAGAUGCCCGUCGACAACGGAAGUGCAGACGACUACCAGAGAGCAAGCUCUAAGAAACAGGAACAGGCCAGCAUGGACUACGAAGCUCCCAUCAUGCCCUGUGGAUUCAUUUUUCAGCUGCAGCUAUUAACAACCUGGGGAGAUCCGUACUACAUCGGCCUCAACGGCCUCGAAUUUUACGACCAGAACCACGAGAAGAUCAGUCUCAGUGACAACAACAUCGCUGCUUUUCCAGACAGUGUGAAUGUACUGGAUAAUGUGAGCGGUGAUGUGAGGACUCCAGAUAAAUUAAUAGAUGGAGUCAACAGUAUCCACGAUGGAAGACAUAUGUGGUUAGCCCCGGUGCUCCCUGGACUGGUGAACCGCGUGUACGUCAUCUUUGAUCAGCCAGUGACGGUGUCCAUGAUCAAGCUGUGGAACUACUCAAAGACACCACAGAGGGGAGUGAAGGAGUUUGGGCUGCUGGUUGACGACCUCCUGGUGUAUAACGGCAUCUUGGACAGUGUAAGCCAUGUGGCACGAGGCAUUCUGCCCACCUGCGAUCCAGUUGUACCCUACCACACCAUCCUGUUCACAGACAACGCCUACAUCACACACCGUGAGAAGAACACUGUCAUCAGUAACUACGUGGAGGAUCAGGAUGUGAAGAUGACCAACGAGAAUCAGAUAGUCCAUCACAACAAGAAGAAGCAGACAGCAGAUCCAGCUCUCCGGCCUAAAACCUGCAUGACUGAUGGUGGGAAACACGGGAAGAGGAGGUACUGACUGACCAACAGACAGACGUAAAUUCAGCGCUCAUACAAAGAGAGCAGAACUUAAAGGGAGGAACUCCGGCUGACUUAAUAAGCUCCACUUUUUGGGUGACUUUAGAAAAUCCUCCCUGAUAUUAAGACCCAGAGCAGCCACCCAGCCAUUGGUCCAGACUGAAGAGGACGGAGCUUGCAUAGAUAAAUGGUUUGCACACACACACAUAUAUACACACAGGAUUCCACUUUAUGGUUGGAUUACUCCCCUCGCCCUCGCUGUGAAAAACACGCCCAACCACAUACACGUUAUCCUGAACACGUACUGUACGGUUUCCCCGGUCGUCCCUUCCACAGUGCCAGGAUAAACCUGUGAGGCUGCAUUUUUAUCAGCCCUAUUAUUGUGCCUAGUACUAAACACUAUAUCUGUGGCUGCUACUUGUGACUUUUGUGCUGCAUAUUUAAAAUGCUGCUUGUGGCUUGUAAAUACUAAGAAAAAGGAAAAAAAAAAAAAAAA